CGGUCUGACGGAGUGUCGCACAGACGCCUAGAUCUGGAGUCCACUCUGGAAAACUGUUACCGAAAGAGGCUACAAACAAUGGGAACCAGCAUCCUCCUUCUGUUGGGGCUUCCUGUGCUAUUGGCCCAGACAUAUGAUUCGUACUACCAGAAUGGGCUGAUCAAAUUUGUUGAUUACUCUGAGUAUGGAGUCUCCCAGCAGGUCUUACAGCAGCCAGCUAUAGGACAAGUAGAGACUGAUCCUGUGUUAGAGACAGAACCCACAGAGCCAGGACCCCUGGACUGCCGUGAGGAGCAGUAUCCCUGCACCAGACUCUACUCUGUUCACCAGCCUUGUAAACAAUGCCUCAAUAACAUCUGUUUCUACAGCCAGCGCAGAGUUUAUGUGAUAAAUAAAGAGAUCUGUGUGAGGACUGUGUGUGCCCAUGAGGAACUGCUUAGAGCUGACCUGUGCCGUGACCAGUUCUCCCGGUGUGGUGUAAUGGCACUGACUGGCCAGUGUCCAGCAAUGGGGAGCAGCUGCGGGAAGAGCUGUGGAAACUGUUAAAGGCGAACAUUACAGCACCACCCAAACUACACCCUACAACCAUAUCCCACACCAAGCCAAUCAGCUAAACUACACCCAAAUCCCACACCUAGCCAAUCACCCAAACUACACCCAAAUCCCACACCUAGCCAAUCACCCAAACUACACCCAAAUCCCACACCUAGCCAAUCACCCAAACUACACCCAAAUCCCACACCUAGCCAAUCACCCAAACUACACCCUACAACCAUAUCCCACACCAAGCCAAUCACCCAAACUACACCCUACAACCAUAUCCCACACCAAGCCAAUCACCUAAACUACACCCAAAUCCCACACCUAGCCAAUCACCCAAACUACACCCUACAACCAUAUCCCACACCAAGCCAAUCACCCAAACUACACCCUACACCCAAAUCCCACACCUAGCCAAUCACCCAAACUACACCCAAAUCCCACACCUAGCCAAUCACCCAAACUACACCCUACAACCAUAUCCCACACCAAGCCAAUCACCUAAACUACACCCAAAUCCCACACCUAGCCAAUCACCCAAACUACACCCUACACCCAAAUCCCACACCCAAACUACACCCUACAACCAUAUCCCACACCAAGCCAAUCACCCAAACUACACCCUACACCCAAAUCCCACACCUAGCCAAUCACCCAAACUACACCCAAAUCCCACACCUAGCCAAUCACCCAAACUACACCCUACAACCAUAUCCCACACCAAGCCAAUCACCUAAACUACACCCAAAUCCCACACCAAGCCAAUCGCCCAAACUACACCCUACACCCAAAUUCCACACAUAGCCAAUAAACUACUCUCUACAACAAAAUCCUCCACCUGUCCAAACACCUAACCUACACCCAAAUCCUGCACUUACCUAAACACUAAACCUACAUCCAACACCCAAAGCCUAGCACACACCAUUAAGAUAAUGGAAAUACCUAAACACCAACCCAACACCCACCACUAGCCAAUCACCCAAACUACACCCUACAACCAUAUCCCACACCAAGCCAAUCACCUAAACUACACCCAAAUCCCACACCAAGCCAAUCGCCCAAACUACACCCUACACCCAAAUUCCACACCUAGCCAAUAAACUACUCUCUACAACAAAAUCCUCCACCUGUCCAAACACCUAACCUACACCCAAAUCCUGCACUUACCUAAACACUAAACCUACAUCCAACACCCAAAGCCUAGCACACACCAUUAAGAUAAUGGAAAUACCUAAACACCAACCCAACACCCACCACUAAACUACUACUUAUCCAAACACCAAGCCUACACUCACCACCAAAACACUGCCCAUCCAUCCCACGUGUCUGUUCAACCACCACCAUCUACUCAAAUAGCACAUAUUUAUCUACCUAGUCAUGUACGUCUCCACUAAGGGACUCCAUCCCAAAUCCUGAUCGUCCUUAUUUCUUCUAAACAUUUAAGUUCCCCCCCCCCCCGCCAGUUGAUUGAUUGUGUACUCUACACCAAAGCUCUGUUCAUCUUACAUACAAGUUUGGGACAUAGUCUUAUGUGUGAGUGGAUGAAUCUAUAUAAGCCUGUAUUUACUUUUGUACUCUUUCGAAUACUCGUGAGUGUAUGACAUCACUGGUGCUAUCAUACUUGCUCGCCCAUGGAGCACAGGAACACCUGAAGGAAGACACUUUGAACUUCUUUGAUUUUUCUUUGUUGGUUGUUUUUUAAAACAAUACUUUACUGUAUCAUAUACAUUGUUCUGAUGUGUAAUUUGUCUUUUUUUUCUGUUUUUCAGCUGUAUUAUGCGUCCUUCUGAGUAGUUGCUUUUUUAUAAUACUGAUCUACGAACUGACAACCUUAAUUUCCUGACAGAAGGAAGUGUAGAAUUGCUCUCAGUUCAGCUUAAGAGAGCGAAAUUGCGCUGUGUCAGUAUUAGGCAAGGGCAACCCCAGAAGAGUGGCCAAAUAGCACUGAUCUUGAAUACAGAAGCAUUACAUGUAGCCAGUAGACAUCAGUAUCCUCUCAGUGCACCACACAGCAUGCAGCUCCAAAGCCCUGACCUGAAAUGGGAUGAACGAUCACUGUGAUCCAGACCCCCCAGAAACCGGCCGUGGAGACAAAUGCAACCCAGUCAUUAAUGGUUCAGAAAUGUAAUGAGAAAAAUCUCACUUGCCAUAAACAAUGAAAUAUCUUUUUAUACCAUAAAAAACAAGAAUUAAUGUGAUUUGUAGCAUCAGUGAGGGGAAAAAAGGUGAAAGAGGGAAAGUUCAUUGAAUACAAACAGCUGCAAACAGAGUGGAAGUAUUUUUUAUCAUCUUGUGUAUUGAAAGUCAAAUCUAUAAGGACAGUUUUCCAGAUCAAACAGUCCUAGUCUGAAUUAAAAUCCACAAAUGGGUUUUGUUCUUAAAUUUUAAAAAUCUAGGACAAUGUUUAAUCUUUGCCUAGAAAAAAAAAAAACACUUGCCAAUGAAGGGCAAUCAGCUAAAAUACAAAUUCAAGUACACACUGUGCAUGACAGACAGUAGGAAUAGAUAAUGUGUUUCACAGAGAUAUCAAAGCCCCUUCCACAGUAACCGUACAGAUAUCUGUGUGUGACCUCUAGUAAGGCCCAUUCACAGUGCCUCAUUUGGCUUUUUCUGGAAUAUUCUAAAGCCAACCACCAACACUGGUGUUUCCUUGUGUUUGGAAUGUUGGGAAAUGUUGGGUUUGUUUUGACAGUGUGGCAGGGACUUAAAUCCCAUCAAGCCAUUUUCAGAGUGAUAUCAUUAGAAUAGGAUACACACAGCAUGUAACAGAAUUAAUGACAAAGUCACUGUACAGAUAAAUGCUGCCAUUCUAGUGGUCUCUCAUUUUUAAAAAUAAUUCCCCUUUUCUAAAAAUGCAAAAGUCAAUACAGCUUUUGGUAUCAAUUGCAUUCAAAUUCACUUCAGCUUUAGCCAAUAUAUGACAUUCACCAAGGCAUUUUUAUGAAGACUAAGAAAUUACAUUUACAUUACUAUCUAAACUAAUUAAGGAAUCUGACACCAAACCUGUUUUUAGUGUCACUUUACGUUUAGCAUUAAUUUCUUCAUGCUCUCUCCCCUAGACAAAACACACACACACACACAGUGUGCGCAUGUCCAUGGCUUUUUUGAUGGAACAGCUGCCUUCACAGCAUGGGAUUACAUACUACAGAGGUAUGCUUUCUCAACAGGCCAGUGUCCCUGCCUCGCCUUGGCCUGAGCGGAACGCUUCCUUUGGCUACUAAUCUAAGGCUAGCACAAAUCAUCCCCUGAUUUAGCCUGCUUUAGCCUGAAAUGAGCACAUUCUGUGUUCCGAAUGGGAGCACUGAUCUAAUGCCUCAAGGGGAGGCUGCACUUCAGUUCCAAUGUGAGAAUGUUAGUGUGUUUCUCCAGGAGGUACAGGCUGAUUUGGGUACAGCACUGUGUGUUGUCAGUUUCCCAGGGGCAGCGGAGGCAGAGGUGGCUGCGAACGUCGUAACUCCUGCUGCAGCUGCUCCUUCAGGGUAGUCACCUGUCAAAACACCCCACCCCCUCCCAAAGGUUAGAGAUCAAAGGGCAAAGAUCGCAUUACUAUACAUACCAGUCAGACCUUUUUACUGUCCAGGUGUAAAGGGUCACUGUCCAGGUCUGAGGCCAGUGUGGUCAUAUUGCUUAUACUGCUCACGGCUAGACUUCUGGAACAAGGCAGGCAGCAUGUCUAGACGCCCCUUCUGGCAUUAAACACCUCGGCCCAUUCACGCUGAGCCUCAGUUCCAACUACCUAGUUUAAUUAGGUGAUGUUGUCCAUUGUCUUAAAGCAAUUAACUGCACGUAAAACCCUACAUAACACAACACAAUACUGGCAGUUGAACAACAUUAGUUUAUUUUACUCACUUUUGGUAAGACACAGAACUACCUUGCAAAUACAAACCCAAUAUUAGUAUUACUAUGUACUACUUUGCUAAUGUUGGAUAAUACAUGUCCAAUGUCUGUUUGGUGACAUCUGUGUUUUUCAUACGCACACACGUUUUCUGUCUGCCAGCAGGACAAUGAAGCAUAGAAUGGGUUGUUUCCCUGAGCUUGGCACCACUGGCGAUGGUGUAAUUCAUGGCAUGUUUAAACUAAAAGUAAAUCGGUUUUAUGGCUAGUUUGUUGGGUUUUUGUUUAGUUCAAUAAACUCAGACCAAAAUAGUCUUGCAAA